AUGGAUAGCCCGCCGAUCGACAUUAGUAUGACGAACAAUAAUGGGAAUAUAAAUAACAAUGGAAACAACGUCCUCUUCGCUCAAUUACAGUCAUUAACAGAAAACCUACAAGCAAUGGUUGGAAAUCAAAACACAAAUAGUAACAACGCCCUACUCGCAACUCACGAAUAUCUGGCUAGCGAGAAGAAGCAAAAUGGCGCGGUUCGACAUGAACCAUACAUCAAACAGCACAACACGAGAAGACGUCAGACGAAAACCGGAGAUAAAGCGGGAAAUCCGAUCGUGGAUGACGAGGACGGAGGAAUGGACCAUGACGAAGGAAUGACUGAAGACGUGCAGAGCGACGAAUCGGAAGAAGAAUCUAGUGAGGAAGAGUCAUCAAGCGAAGAAUACGAGGGACAAGAAUUGAACAAAAGGACGUACCUGAUGUGGACAAAAAGUCGGGAUGAGACGAAUACGAUUAAACCGAAACAUAAUAGGGUAGAAUUCCGACGAAAGCAUCGAGGUGAUCCUUGA